AUGAUGAAGAGAUCCGUUGUGCUGCUAUUGCUGCUGGUUGACAUUUCACACACUGUGGCUAAGCCCAAAAAUCGUUUUACCCGCCAUCCAUCGUGGAACUCCAAGCUUUACCCAAUUUGGAAAAAUGGAGACCCCCGUUUUACAGACUCCUGGAGAGGUGGAAAAGUAACAUUCAAUGUCGCCAACGACUCGCCAACUCUGACCGGAGCCAAAGUGACAUUCACCAUCGACUUGGAAUUCCCCCACAACCAAAAAGUACAGGAUGAUGGGGAUGUGGUUUGGGCAGAGGACUGCGUUGUCAAUGGAACCAAAUAUUUGGCAUCACAGCAAGUUUUCCCUACUCAGAAGACAGACUGGGAAGCAGUUUUCCCUGAUGGGACACCAAUCAAGAAGGACAAAAAGCCCAACUAUGUGUUUGUCUGGAAGACUUGGGGUCAAUACUGGCAAGUGGCAGACGGCCCCUCAUCCACCCUGACCAUCGAUACAGCAGACAUCCCACUGGGCUCCUACACCAUGGACAUUGUCAUCUACCACUACCGGAGCAAAGAGAAGUUUAUUCCUCUGGGUUACGCCUCCUCUCAGUUCUCCAUCACUGAUCAAAUCCCAUUUGCUGUUUCGUUGGACCAAGUGGAUGACAUCCUGGCUGGUGACAUGAGCUUCGUCCUGAACAGGGCCAUUGCCUUUAGUGUGAGCCUGCAUGACCCCAGCCAGUUCCUGAGCGAAGCUGACAUCACCUUUAACUGGGACUUUGGGGAUGACAGCGGGGCCCUGAUAUCCAGAGAACUGACAGUCACUCACACGUACAUCAGCUCCGGCUCGUUCAGGCCCCGCGUGGUAGUCCAGGCGGUGAUCCCAGACAAGGCCUGCGACCCUCCAGUGGAUAGCACAACCAAAACCCCCGUGCCACCCAGCGGUCAGGAAACCUUGGCUCCUGUGGUCCCUCCUCUGGGUUCCAACAAAGAAACUGGUUUGAAAAGCAAUGCGCUUUCCGACACAGAGGAGGACAAUGGUGAAGAUGAGACCUCAACUUCUCAACCUGCCCAGGAAGGGGCUGCGGCGGCCAAGACUCCCUCGCCCACCAACUAUGAGGCGCACGGUGACCCUGCCUCCAACACAUUGAGCGAGGAGACAAGGAGUGAUACAGAAAUGGAAGUUUUAAAGCGACCCUUGUUACUGAGAGGCCAAGCUGCUGUGGUCCUCGUCACCAAAAGGGAAAUAAAGGGCAAUCUGACUGAUGAUGACUGUGUGACAUAUCGAUAUGGCUCCUACUGCGCUGACAUUAAAGUAGUUGAGGCUAUUGAGAGAGUUGAAAUUGUACAAAUGGACAACAGCAUCGUGGCAACAUCAGGAAUAAACAACAAUGCCAUUGAUCUCACUGUAACCUGCCAAGGAAGCUUCCCCAAACAGGUGUGCAGUGUGAUUCUGGAUGCAGAGUGCUUGAAGCCCCUUCACUCCAUAUGCAACAUGGUGGAACCCUCCAAAGAGUGUCAGAUGGUUUUGCACCACUUCUUCAACGACUCCGGCGUCUACUGCAUCAACGUGUCCGUGGCCAAUGACGUUAGCUUGGCCGUCUCUAGCGCAAAAGUCAACAUUGACAUGAGCUCAGGGCUGUCGACCUCCAGCAUCAUCGCUGCCGUGCUGGGUGUCAUUCUGCUCGUAUUGUGUGUUGGAGUUGUGGCGUUUUCUUACAAGCGCCUGAAGUCCUACCACCAUCUAAAGGAGGACAUCAGGGUGGGCGAGGACCUUCAAACUGGCUGGCAUUCCGGUGGUUGCAAGACAUCAAUGCUGUGGAAGUUGCUCAACAGGCGAGGAGUAGUUGACCAACACCCCCUGCUGCAGGACAGACUAGUGUGA